UGUCUCCUUUAGUCUGGAGCCCCUCAGAGGCAGAAGCACAGGCGCGUGCGUGUGUGCGCGUGGAUGCAGCCAAUCAGCUGCGGGCGCAGAUGACGUACCGCUGUCCUGCGUCAGCCCCAAGCGCCGCGAGCUUCUGGACUCCACACACACUGCAGACUGCGAGACCCGCACCAGGACCCGCACCAGGACCCGCAGCCGGACCCGCGCCAGGACCCAGGAGUAGUGCAGCCCGAGACAGUGGACCUCACCGCGGCCUUCUUCACAGACCUGGACUCGGACUGGGACUCGGACAUGGGAGACAUGGGGGACCCGCCGAAAAAAAAGCGGCUCGUCUCGCUGUGCGUGGGCUGCGGAAACCAGAUCCACGACCAGUACAUCCUGCGCGUGUCCCCGGACCUGGAGUGGCACGCGGCUUGUCUCAAGUGCGCGGAGUGCAACCAAUACCUGGACGAGUCUUGUACGUGCUUCGUGCGGGACGGAAAGACCUACUGUAAACGGGACUAUAUCAGGUUGUACGGAGUCAAAUGUGCCAAGUGCAACAUCGGCUUCAGUAAGAACGACUUCGUCAUGCGCGCACGAGCGCAGGUCUACCACAUCGAGUGUUUCCGUUGCGUGGCGUGCAGUCGCCAGCUCAUCCCCGGGGACGAGUUCGCGCUGCGCGAGGAUGGCCUGUUCUGCCGCGCGGACCAUGACGUGGUGGAGCGCGCGACCCUGGGCCCCGGGGACCCCCUGAGUCCGCUGCACCCCGCCAGACCACUGCAGAUGGCAGCGGAGCCGGUGUCGGCGCGGCAGCCUGCCCUCCGGCCUCAUGUGCACAAACAGCCGGAGAAGACUACGCGAGUGCGUACGGUACUUAAUGAGAAGCAGCUCCACACUCUGCGCACGUGCUACAACGCUAACCCCCGACCUGAUGCCCUCAUGAAAGAGCAGCUGGUGGAGAUGACCGGCCUCAGCCCAAGGGUCAUCCGUGUCUGGUUCCAGAACAAACGCUGCAAAGACAAGAAGAGAAGCAUCCUCAUGAAGCAACUACAGCAGCAGCAGCCCAACGACAAGACGAACAUCCAGGGUAUGACGGGGACUCCCAUGGUGGCAGCCAGCCCGGAGCGCCACGAUGGAGGUCUGCAGGCCAACCCUGUGGAGGUGCAGACGUACCAGCCCCCCUGGAAGGUCCUCAGUGAGUUCGCCCUGCAGAGCGAGCUGGAGCAGCCCGCCUUCCAGCAACUGGUCAGCUUCUCGGAGGGAGGCCCCGGUUCCAACUCGACAGGCAGCGAGGUGGCAUCCAUGUCGUCGCAGCUGCCGGACACGCCCAACAGCAUGGUGUCCAGCCCCAUAGAGGCCUGAGCGGACACGUGCAUGCGCGGUGACCACCUCAUGGCCUGAGCGGACACGCGCACCGCGUGGCUGUACACUGUGAAGACAAUCAAGGAUUAUUCCUGACGUUAUACCGACGGAGCCUCACGGGCGUUUGCCGCCAGAGACUCGGGACGUCCCGGGGACUUUUUUUUGCCAAACCCCGUCCAGUUGGGCCGCGCGCAGACUCACUCUCGGGACGGACGAGAGAGCACUCCUCCGGGCAUGGCCGCGCGCACGGCCGCGCGCUCCCGGACCUGUCUCCGUGUGUCCGAGCUCUUCUGUUCCAAAGAUGUUUAUUUGUUAGCUCCGGAAGAACAUGUUCGUUUGGUCCCGUGCAACAAGAUUUAUGAUUAUUUAUUAUUUAUUGUCAAAGCAUUUGCCACAUUUU